CCGAAUUGAUGGCCUUUUCUGUUCUAGGACCAGUAUUGGACACGGCAUUAUUGCCACGACAACUGAGAGCAUCAGGCUGAUUGCAGUCUACUCAUACGUAUCUUUGGAUUAAGAGAUCCCCGCCAUGGACCUCGAAUUCGAGGAUAUGCCCAUAGGGGUUGUGCAACCUCUUCGAUGUCAAAGAAAGUUGGUGCCUCCAGCACUCGUUAUGAAGGAUACAAAGCGGUUCUACCCGCGUAAUACGACGGCAGGGAGGCCAGACUUGACCAACAGCACUGACUUUUAUGACACGGAGUUUGAAAUGGACGACCCGGAGACCCAGUCUCCCCCGAGAGGCAGCUUUGAAUCGUUCGGUCGAGACAGCGAUUCCACCUUGUCAACCACCGAACUACCAACCCCGGAAAGCCAUGGAAAUGAUUCCUUCGAUUUUCAACCCCGCAAGGAGACAAUCCAAGGCCCCAAGGGCCCCCAUCUCUUCAGAGACUCCAUUUCCUCAUCGAUUUAUGCCCUGUCAUCCGCUGAAAUUGAUCUCUACUACCUGAAGUCGCCCGCGUUCCUACCGAAGAUGGGCGGAACCGCGGGUUACUCGACGCCAAAUACGCCCGACUCGGCGAGGUUUAUGCAGCAGGAUGUUCUUUCUAAGACCGCUGGAGACAUCCAAUACUGGGGACCGAGCCAGAUUGCGCACUGGCUAUUCGUUUCGGGCUUUGAUGAGUCUGUCAUCGAAACAUUCAUCGCCAACGACAUAACCGGAUCCGUGCUGCUCAGCCUUCAAGGUGAGGAUCUGAAAGAAAUCGGCAUCACUUCUUUCGGCAAACGCCACGAGCUCUUGAACCGCAUCCAGAAUCUGCGCCGGGCCACGCAGUCAGAGAAGAGUUCGCCGCGCAAGUACGAUGGAUGCAGUGCUUCCCCUAAACCACCCAGGUCACCCAAGAGGAGACCAUACAGAUAUAACGUCUCGGCUGGACAGGCUACAAACCAGGAACCCGUUUCGAUUGUCGGUAUCGAGGAGGUCGUUCCAAAACCCCAUUAUUGCCCCAAGGGCGCGGAUUGCCCUAAGUACCAGAGCGUAAAGCGACAGAUGGAGCUGUUGGCUGCUGAACAUCCAGGAGUGAUCCUCAAGCCAGGUACUUCGAUUAUAGUUUCCAACCAAGGAUAUCCGGACAUCCCAGGGACCUCUUUGCAACCAGACCGACUGUCAUCAAACGCCCGGCCGUCGGUGGUGGCUUCGUCAGAUGUCUUGGGCCCGUACACGGCGCCCGAGACGUUGUCUGAGGAGACUCUGAACAAGGUCGAGCAUGUAGACCCUCAAGAAAGCGUGCGCCAAUUCCUGAACUACCAACAUGUCGAGCUUCGUCCAACCAUACCACCAGAGGAACCUCCUAGCAGCCACCAACCUACUUCGGACAUGGACAGCAAUCUGCGCAGUCUUAGAGCAGGUGAAGGCGAGAGUUCAGCGGCUCAGCGCACCAUCACUCUGACUGCCGUCCAGGAACAUGGCCCAUUCAGCAACGCGAAAACCCCUACCGGUUGCUACCGUCUGGGGACUCCAUUUUCGGACUUCGACGUUCCUAUCACCAAUAUCCCUGCCGGCCCUGUUCCUCGCGAGACCAGUCAGUCCGUUCCCCCAAGCAUGCAGUAUGGGAACAUCUACCGGUCGUACCAGAGCCCAACGAUGCGUUCCAUGUCCACUGGUUCCGAACCGCUCGUCCCCCUACGUCCACUUCACAGCGCUGGCUUCCCCGCCGGCCAACGUCUUCGACCUGUAGAGGCCCCCGAGAAUCUGCACCGUGGCUAUCGUGCCCAGCAACAGAGAUCCAACUCCUCGACAUCCGACCCGGAAAUAACCAAAUCGGGGUGGAUGAAAAAGCGCAAGAACGCGGGUUUCCUGCGCCACGAAUGGUACGAUGCCCAUUUCACUCUAAAGGGCACGAAUCUCGCCAUGCACAAGGACGAGAUCGACGCCCUCGUCAGCUCCAGAGCGCUCGAGAAUAUCGAUAUUGACGACUACGCUGUUGCUUGUUCGUCGCUGGCAUCGAGCUCCAAGCUAACGGCCGCGUUGAAACGAGCUGUCCUUCGCAGUGGAAAUAACUUGGGCCACGGCUCGGACGGCACUGCUUUUGCCUUUUCCCUUGUACCAUCCGGCAAGGAGAAUGAGAGAAAGGCACUGUUCGGCAAGGAUAAUAUGAAGAGUCAUCAUUUUGCUGUGAAGUCUCGCGAUGAGCGGAUUGACUGGAUGCGCGAACUCAUGCUGGCCAAGGCUCUGAAGAAGGGCAAGGAUAAUGGUGACAAGAUGUUUGUCAACGGCAAUGCCAUUUGA